AUGUCUCUCUUCCCACGAUUUACUCAGGAAUUCGCUCCGAUCUUCCGUCUCUUCGACGAGUACGACAGGCAAGCCUUCCGCAACAUCGACCGCGAAUUCAGCAACGUCCGGUCCUUCACUCCCAAGUUCGACGUGAAGGAAACCAAAGAGGGCUACGAACUCCACGGAGAACUCCCCGGUGUCGAGCAAAAGGACAUCAACAUCGAAUGGACCGACAACAACACCCUGACCAUCUCGGGUCGCCACGAGCACGUCCGCGAGGAAGGCCAACGCCCUCAGGGCUUCAUCGAGAACGGCGAAGCUUCCCAGCAGAAGAAGCUCCAGCCCAAGGUUGAGGACGACCCUAGCGAAUCCAACAAGGUCGCCAAGCAGUCCGAGAACAAGGACGUCUCCAAGCACGACGAGAACAAGGCCAAGUACUGGGUCAGCGAGCGCUCAGUCGGAGAGUUCCACCGCUCCUUCGCCUUCCCUGCUCGUGUCGACCAGGAAGCCGUCAAGGCUAGUCUCAAGAACGGUAUCUUGAGCAUCCUUGUUCCCAAGGCUCAGGCUCCUCAGCCCCGUAAGAUCAGCAUUGAGUAGAUCGAAGCGGCUUGACUGGACGAGACUGAACGAUUAUGAACGACGAUGAAGAACGACUUCUCUCCUUUAUUGAAUCAACGAGCGUGGCAUAGCAAUGGAGUUUGCAAUGGAUUCUUGUAGUGUUUUGGUUUAGUUCUGUUCUUGUAGUGGUGGCAGCAUUCACUCUCUUAGUCGG